AUGCGAAAACAAUGGUGUGCCAUCCUGGCGCUGCUUGCCAGCGCACAGGCUAUCGAGAUGGAUGUAGAGAAUCCUGAAUCGGUGAAACAGGCCAGUUAUGCGAUCGCUAAUAACAUGCUCUCUCACUACACGGGCAUGAAUCCAGGCGACGUACCCGGCGUCUUACCUGCUCCGUAUUAUUGGUGGGAAGCUGGCGCCAUGUUCAACUCUCUGAUUGAUUACUGGUAUUACACGGGUGACGACCGGUGGAAUGACAUGAUCAUGGAGGCUGUGACCUGGCAAGCAGGCGACGAUGGGACGUUUAUGCCUGCCAACCAGACACACGCCGAAGGCAAUGACGACCAGGCCUUCUGGGCCUUUGCAGCCAUGUCAGCCGCCGAGCGAAACUUUCCGAAUCCACCGGAAGGGCAACCAGGGUGGUUAGCCAUGGUGCAAGCGGUGUUCAACACCCAGGUCGCGCGAUGGAGCCCUGAGACCUGCGGAGGAGGCUUGAGGUGGCAAAUAUUUACCUUCAAUAACGGAUAUCAUUACAAAAACAGCAUUGCCAACGGUUGCUUUUUCAAUUUGGCUGCGCGCUUGGCAAGGUAUACAGGGAAUCAAACAUACGCCGAUUGGGCUGUUCGAGCAUGGGACUGGACGGAGUCAGUCGGGUUCAUAACCGACGAUUAUCUGUUCCUGGAUGGGGCGGACGAACUCAAGAACUGUUCGGAGUUCAACUAUCUUCAGUGGACGUAUAAUUCCGGGGUGUAUCUAUUUGGUGCCGCAAGCAUGUAUAACCUGACCGAUGGCGAUCCCAUCUGGAAGGAACGAACGCAACGCAUCCUUGACGCCACGAAGGUAUACUUCCAUAAUGAUGUCUUGUACGAACGAGCCUGUGAGCCCAUCAACACUUGCCAGACUGAUCAGCGGUCGUUCAAGGGGUACCUGGCCCGGUGGAUGGCAGCAUCUGCUCAAGUCGCUCCAUUUAUCUUUGACCAAGUGAUGCCGAAGUUACGCACUUCAGCAAGUGCGGCAGCGCGAACGUGCACCGGGGGCUCGGAUCACUCGACCUGCGGUAUGAAAUGGACUUCAGGGAAGUGGGAUGAGAGUGAUGAUGUGGGUGUCCAGAUGUCUUCACUGGAGGUGAUACAAGCGACCCUCGUUGGGGGCGUAGAUCCUCCGCUGACAGCGGACAACGGGGGUACCAGCAAGGGAGAUCCUAGUGGCGGAAUCAAAUCAACAGACCCCCAACCCCAUAGCCGCCGAAUGACUACCAGCACGGCCAAUCGGGCGGGGGCAGGUAUUCUGACGAUACUCAUGUCCCUGUUGAUCUUCUAUACGGUUUGGUGGGGGAUAUACGAGUAG